GGCAGGUCACUUGCUGUUGACUCAGCACCGGGAGAAGGAAACAGGCAGAGAUGGCUGCAACUACUGCUCAGCCUAUGGGGAGCCUGCCCAGCGGACUGGGGAUAUGCACCACGGCCCCGGAUAUAUUUUACCUGCCUGAACUGGUUUUUGGUGGUUUGGUGUGGAUCCUGGUGGCGUCGACCCAUGUGAACCCACCGAACCCUCUGGGCUGGGUGAUGUUUGUUUCUGUCUUCUGCUUUGUCAUGACCUUCCUCUGGAUGAUCAUCUUCGCUGCUGGAGGUCAUAAGAACAGCUCUGGCUGGGCUGCUGCUGACUUUGCGUACCACGGCCUGGCAGCGUUCUUCUACCUCAGUGCUGGGGUGGACAUGGCUUAUAUCACCUUUCAGAAGAAAUCAGCAGGUGAUUUCAGAAUCUACCAGAUUGACAUCGCUGCUGUGGUGUUUGCCUACGUGGCCACACUCCUCUACUUCAUUCACACCAUCCUUUCCUCCAUCCGAUGGAAAAACUUCUGAAGAGCGACGCUGAAUCACGCCUGUGUGUCCCAGCAGUACUGUGCAUCCUGUGUGUAUGUGUGUGUGUGUGUGUGAGAGACAUCAACCUGGUCAGAUUCAUGAUGAAUGUUUUAAGCAUCAUUUUGGGCCAUUUAACAAUAUUAAGCGAAGGUUGAGUGGGAGGGGAUUUAUGAAGACGCAUCAUAAAAUGAAAUGAAAGCAUGAAUAAUGAAAGAAAAUGAAGAGUUGUACCCUAGAAAUAUAUGUUCCUAUGAAAACUGUCACUCAUCAUACAGAUGUCUUUUUUUUACCACAUCAUUUUUAGCCACAUUUAUUACGUAAGAGAAGGUUUGAUUUUAUAAUCUUUUUAGAGAACCAUGGAAUGUGCUGUAAAUGUAAUUAUAGUAGGCUGAGAUGUCAUUAAAAAAGAUAGUCAACGUACAAAAUUAUCACCAGCAUUAAAUUAAAUCUUGUAUUUUUAUGUUUUUUCUCAUAUUAGCAUCCCUGUUGAGCCUUGAACAUAUGUUCUGAUGGAUUAUGCUGCAGCAUAUUGCGUGUAUUUUAAAAAACAAUCAAAAAAGCAAAAGAAAAGAGAGCAGAGAAACAAGAAAGCAGAGAAAAUAGGCUAAUGGCACUCAGGUGGAUGGAGAAUAUGAAAUGAAACUGAACAAGAAGUUGUUUGCAUGGCCAGAGACGAUAUGAAGUUAUAUGAACAGCAGUUUGCAUAUAUGUUUUUUUGCUUUCUUGCAGAGUUGCAGAAUACUGCUCUCAUGUCUGUCCCUUGAAUAUGAAGCUAGAGCCAGCGGCUGGUUAGCUUAGCUUAGCACAAAGACUGGAAACAGGGAGAAACAGUUAGCAGGACUCAAAAGUAACAGCCUAUAGAGGCAGCCUACCAGCACCUUUAAAGUUCAGGAAUUAACAUCUUGUUUGUUAAAUGCAUAAAACCGCAAUUCCUGCAGCUUUCACUUGAUGCCUGUUAUCCUAACGGUAAAUUCCUGCUCACAGCCGAGAAACGGUUCCGCCCUAAAAGCUCCAUAAAACCCACAAAUGAGCUUUACAGGUGCUGGUCGGUGGAUUUUUGUUGUCUUUGGACAGAAACUGGCUAGCUGUUUCUGCUUGCUUCCAGUCUUCAUGCCAAUUGCCUUUAAUUGAGAGUGACAGCAAAAGGGGGGAGAAAGAGAGGGGAUGACUCGCAGCCGAAGGCCACAGGUCAGAGUUGAACCCAUGGCUGCUGCAGCAAGGGAUUAGACUUGGUACAUAGGGUGCCAGCUCUACCAGGUGAGCUAUCCAGAUACCACUGCAGCUUCAUAUUUAAUGUACCAAGAGAGUAGUAUCAAUCUUCUCAUCUACUCAUGAAAGUAAAUAAGUAUAUUUCCCAAAUUGUCAAGUAUUGGUUGAAAGUGAAUACAGUGAAUACAUUUUUACCUUUAUUACAUGGUAUGUUCUUAAAUCCAAACAGUUGCCUCUUGCUGCCAUCGGAGCCAUAUUCCUUCCCUGAUCAGACUGACAGAUGUUUGUUGUAAGUUGUAAAAUACUGCAAAUUAUUUGUUCUUUGUCAUCAAUCAUCAGUACAUAAAGGAUGGUGAAUUGUAUGUUUUAGGUGUAAGACCUCUGGCUGAAAUUUGUAUAGUUUUGCAAGUUUGUGUU